AACCUAACCUCAAUGACGCGCGUUUUCCAGCAGCCGACGUCUGUCCCAUUUGGAAUCCCAUUGUAUUUAUAGAGUGCAAGCUCCCCGGCCCAGAAGCCCUUAUAUACGAAUCCAGAGCUGGGGAAGAAUUCACUGGUUCCAGGUCACUCAUCAUGGACGCCACCAAAGUCAUUCUCCUGCUGGCCGCCCUCUGCGUUGGGACGGCCGUUACCCUCCAGUGUUAUACCUGCACAGACCAGUCCAGUAACACCAACUGCAUGACUGCAACCAACUGCUCCGCAUCCAGCACUUACUGCAAGACCUCGGUGAUCUCCGGCGGAAUCGGCGGUCUGUCAGCCGCCACCAUCACCAAGUCCUGUGAAUCCGCCUGCGUGGCCACCAGUUUUAACGUGGUGGUGGUCUCGACGUCCGUGUCCUGCUGCGGCACUGACUUGUGUAACACCAGCGGGGCCGGCAGCGUGAGAUCCGGCUCCAGCCUCCUCGCCCUGGGGUUCCUCUUCGCUCUGACGAGAAGCUUUUCUCUGUGAUGUCACCGAGAGACUGGAUGGAAUUCCUGACAGGAAGUGGAUCCGGCGCGUUCGGCCCAGAAGAGGAAGUCCGGGUCACGCGGCUUUGCUAAUUUUUGCGGGACGCUCACGAGGACUGUAUGAUGCGUGUGGUCACCACUAAAACCCCGUCCUUCCUUCCGCAUUGUAAAUUUAACCCCUUAACGGGGUAACGCUGAAAUGUUCUCACUUUCUUAAUAAAGAUUAUUUUAUAACAA